CCAAGUUACAGCAGAACACAAAAUGAAGUUCUUACUUCUACUUGUGGUUGUCGGUCUUUGCUCUGCCCAAUACAAUCCAUAUCUUAAGUCUGGCAGAACUUCAAUUGUCCACUUGUUUGAAUGGCGCUGGGAUGACAUUGCUGCAGAAUGUGAGAGAUAUUUGGCACCCAAUGGAUUCGGAGGUGUCCAGGUCUCUCCUCCUAAUGACAAUUUGAUUAUUACCAGCCCAAAUAGACCAUGGUGGGAGAGAUACCAGCCAAUCAGCUACAAGCUGUGCUCUCGUUCUGGCUCCGAGCAGCAAUUCAGAGACAUGGUCACCAGGUGUAACAAUGUUGGGGUAAACAUCUACGUUGAUGCUAUCAUUAACCACAUGUGUGGAGCGGGAGGUGGCUCAGGCACCAGGUCCACGUGUGGAAGCAGCUACAAUACUGGUACCCAAAGUUUCCCUGCUGUACCAUACUCCAAUCUGGAUUUUAACGAUGGCAAGUGCACCACCUCAAGUAAAAACAUUGAGAACUACAAUGAUGUUAAUCAGGUGAGGAACUGUCGUCUUGUGAGCCUCCUGGACCUGGCAUUGGAGAAGGAUUAUGUUCGUGGAAAGAUUGCUGACUAUUUGAACAAUCUCAUUAGUAUUGGAGUGGCUGGAUUUAGACUUGAUGCUGCCAAGCACAUGUGGCCUGGGGACAUCCUGGCUAUUGUCAACAGACUGAGCAACCUGAACACUAAGUGGUUCGCCAGUGGAUCUCGUCCCUUUAUCUUCCAGGAGGUGAUUGAUCUCGGUGGAGAACCUAUUACUGCUAGCCAGUAUUAUGGAAAUGGAUGUGUAACAGAAUUUAAAUAUGGAGCCAAACUUGGAAAUGUUAUCCGCAAGUGGAAUGGAGAGAAGAUGUCAUAUCUAAAGAACUGGGGAGAAGGAUGGGGUUUCAUGCCCACUAACAGAGCCUUGGUGUUUGUAGACAACCAUGAUAACCAAAGAGGUCACGGUGCUGGAGGAGGCUCCAUCCUCACCUUUUUUGAUGCUCGCUUGUACAAAAUGGGAGUUGGCUUUAUGUUGGCACAUCCCUAUGGACUUACACGUGUGAUGUCAAGUUAUCGCUGGACAAGAAACUUUGUGAAUGGACAGGAUGCGAAUGACUGGAUUGGGCCACCUGCCAAUUCUGAUAUGUCAACUAAACCAGUCACAAUUAAUGCGGACGCUACUUGUGGCAAUGACUGGGUCUGUGAACAUAGAUGGCGUCAGAUUAAAAACAUGGUUAUCUUCCGUAACACAGUUAAUGGUCAAUCACUCACAAACUGGUGGGAUAACGGCGGAAACCAAAUUGCUUUUAGCCGUGGAAAUAGAGGAUACAUAAUCUUCAAUAAUGAGAGCUCGAAUAUGGAUGUCACUUUGAACACUGGACUUCCUGCUGGCACAUACUGUGAUGUCAUCUCAGGGCAGAAAGAAGGCACACGUUGUACUGGCACACAGAUAUCUGUUAGCAGCACUGGCUCAGCUCGUUUCACAAUCAGCAGUUCAGCUGCAGACCCAUUCAUUGCCAUCCAUGUCAAUGCCAAGUUGUAAAUAGUUGAUUAGUGACUAUCACUAA